AGAAGGCCUGGGGGAGGCGCCUCCUCCCAGCUCUGGAGUUGGGCGGGGGACACCCAGGCAGCAGCUGGCAGGCCAGGCCGAGGGGCUUCCCUGGUCCCCCCAGGAGAUUCGGCCUUCUCGGGGCCUUCAGCCCCUGCCCAGGGAGCCUCUCUCAGGCCAGCCUUUGCCUCCCUUCAGGAGGGUCCCGGGGAGUGGUCCACCCUGGAGGCGGAGGUCCUGAUGAACGGCCAGGAGGUCUGCGGCACCAAAAACCCAACACCGCACAAGAUUUUGCUGGACACCCGGUUCGAGCUGCCGUUCGACAUUCCUGAGGAAGAAGCCAAAUACUGGACCAAGAAGCUGAAGCAGAUGAACUCGCUGGAGGAAGAGGAGGAGGAGGAGGAGGAAGAGGAGGUGGGUUCCUUGUGCAGCUCCCCAAAACCCCCCUUGUGCUGGGGACCCUUUCUAGCUGCAGCGGCACGGCCGGAUCCCGAACUGGGUAGCCAGACUCGCACGGGGGGACUUGCUCACUGGGCCAGGGCUGGGCCCCCUCUGCUCGGGGGUCAAAGGGCAGCAUGGCGGGAGAAGCUCUUCAUUCCCAUAGCCAGCAGUUCGAUCCUGGCCAGCUCCAG